UUUGGAGUCUCUCUGGUACAGUUAAAUGUAACAAAUAUUUAAAAAAAAAAACAAUGCCCAUUUAAUUUCAAUCAAUACAACCCAACAGCUACCAUUUACUUUUUAUCUGUACUAGAUACUUAAGAUAUUUGUUGAUUGAAUUAUGAUAGCUGUGUACAAAGUGAUGUGAUCCUAAGAACACAUGUAAGAAAGGUAGUAAACAGUAUUAAAGAAAUUUCUAAGAGGGGUUUCUAGAGACUAUUUACUUGUAUUCUCCAUCCAUCCAUCUACCUUCCAUACUUAUCUGGGGUGGGGUGGUGGGUAUGUUUUUGUUAAUAUGUUACCUGUAAAUGUAAAUAAUAUUAAUUCAUUUUCUAAAAUACAGUAGGAACUAAAGGAUAGGCAACAUGAUGUCACAGUAGAUAUUACUGAUAUGUCACACAUCAAGACCCCUGGGCUUGAACUCCACAUUCAAUCGCUGGCUGGUAGUAUGUUGACCUGUGUCUGGGUGGAGUAACUAUUUUCUAUCCACAUCCUGAAGUCAUAUGUGUUAGGUUAAUUAUUAGGUUUAAUUGGUCCCAUCUGAUUGUAGAUCUGUUACUGAGCGGGUCAUGCUAAAGACUGUUGCCCUCCAUGAUCCUGAUUCGGAUUACUUAGGUUUGAGAUCAUUACAAUAAAUGCUGCUGCAUCUCAGCCACUGAUGCCUUAGUACAAACGCCAUACUGGUCAUUGUCUAUAGAGUUUUUCCAUGCUCGCAAGAAAUCCUUUCUCGUUAAUCUCAAGGAUGUGCAGAUUCGGUUAAAGGGGGGUCUCCAAACUGGCCUGGAGUGCACGCUUGGUUCCGUGCAAUAUUGUCCUCAGCCUCAGUGAUGUCCUCUGUUGAUGCCUGCCAUGCACUGAAUUAAACUGCUAAUAAACGCCAGCUUCCCAAUGAUCUUAUCGGUUUAAGUUCUUCUUUCACGAUAAUUCAAACGUACGCAUGUUUUUCGCAUUUACUGUUUAACGGGCGUUGUUGUUCAUUAAUGCAUGUCUAAUGCAUGUUUCAUUAAUUUAUUGUACAACGGUCUUUGAGCUUCUGAAAAGCUUGAUGUUAUAAGUGCCUCGCUUCAGUUUUACUUCGCGCUUAGUGGAUUGAGCGUGUUCAACAAUGAAUGAAACACUGGAUAGCUUGAUUUUUAUUUUCCAUAUUGUACUUACUGUAGGUGUCAGGCAGUCGUUAGACAUCCACAAAUCCACGUAGCAAAUGUCUCUCAUUUUCCUGACGAAGUGGGCGUCAGUAGGUUUGGUUAUUGUGCACAGGUAAAUAACAUGUUGAUUUAAUAAUAAGACUGCGCGAUGUUCUUGUCCUUAUACAAUUUUUGCAUGGAUUAUUUUCUAAUUAUUGCUUAUUGUUUUACCGGCUUGCUGUGAUUGACUACGAUUCAAAAAUUCGCUUUUUGAUUACUAUGUCCAAACGAACGUGGCCAUUAAUAAAGAGUAAUAGCACAAGCAGCAGGGGGCGCUAGUACAUCUCUUUUCAAUGAUGGAGGGGUUCGUAACUUUGAAGGCUUCGUAUUGCUUAAUCCUUUUAUUCAUACAAAAAUGUAGCUUUUUCUCCGUAAAGCUCUUUGAAUUUUUUGGUUUAUCCAAACCAUUGCAUUUUUUUUUUUUUGUUUUUUUUUUUACAUAAUUAUGCAUUCCUUUUUCAUUUGCCGGCAGCCUUUUUUAUUAGCACAGACUGAAGUGGGCGCUGCUGGCCUUUCUCUUGUGGCAAUGGGACGGGUCCGGGGUGUAUCCUCAGGAAAUGAGGUUUCCGCGCUCUUCCCUGCCGAGAGCUAUUCACGAAACGGCUGUGAUUUCGUUCAGAAUUAUUGACCGGCGCCCCUCCCUCUCGGUGUUGGCGCGGCCGAUCUGGAUUACGCAAGGUGCGUAGCGCCGGAGCCGAGAGGGCAGAGGGAGUUACGCAUAGUGCGCCGCGACUCCUGGGUUCUGUAACGGAUAUCAGCAUCAUCCUGCAAAAGCAACCCGGUUUUGCGUUGUUUGUAGCUUCAGUGAAGUGCUAUUACUCGAGAAGAGAAGCAGAAAAACAAGAAGACUCGCUGUAGCCACAUUCACGGCAGCGUACGGACUGGAGUUAUUUUUAUUCGUUUUCUUCCUCUUUCUCGGAUACCAACGAGCCUGCGCGUCUUAGAGAACUGCAUGUUAAGUCAGUCUCUUCGUGUCCACUGACAACAGCUCGGAGGGAUCCCUAUGAAGAUUCGGGUUGGGUUCGAAAGAAUUCGAGUGUGUGUGUGAAGGGAGUAGUCUCGCCAUUCACCUCCUCUGCUCCCCCCGCAUACACACCCCAGCUGGAGCCAAGACCCGACAUCUGUAGAAGAGAAGGCGGGCAAGAGGAGUGCCUGGGAUGGCGAUUCAUCCGACAGUCAAGAAUCUGGACGGGGCGAACAGUCAGCGGCCAGCACCGGUAACAGGGCAUUGACAGGGAGGUACCGCCAUGCCUGGAAUGGUGGUGUUCCGGCGGCGCUGGUCAGUGGGUAGUGAUGAUUUGGUUCUUCCAGCGCUCUUUUUGUUUCUGUUACAUACAGCCUGGUUGGUGGUUUUGUCUGUGGCACUUUUUGGUGUAGCUCACUCCCCAGAGCAGUCCUGCUCACUUACACUAGUGGACCAUGGUCGUGGCUAUCUGGGGAUCCUGAUUAGCUGCAUGAUAUGUGAAGGUGCCAUCAUUUGGCUGAGCAUGAGAGGCAGUAUCUUGUACACUGAGCCACGGGAUUCCAUGCAGUAUGUCCUCUACUUUCGUCUUGCCAUCCUACUGGUGGAGCUGAUUUAUGCCAUUGUGGGAAUCGUCUGGUUGGUCAAAUACUACUGGCCUUGUAAUGACAGCACCGCUAAGAACAUUACCCUGGGAAUAGUGGCUUGUAAUUGGCUGGUCAUCUUCAGCCUAUGCUUCACCAUGAUGUGCUCUUUUGAUCCCACGGGCAGAACCUUUGUGAAACUGAAAGCCACCAAAAGAAGACAGCGAAACCUAAGAACUUACAACUUGAGACAUCGUCUGGAAGAAGGCCAGGCCAGCACCUGGACACGACGGCUGAAAUGGUUCAUGUGUUGCACAAGAACCCAGGAUUCACAGUCAGAUGCAUACAGUGAAAUAGCAAACCUUUUUGCUGAAUUUUUCCGAGAUCUGGACAUUGUUCCCAGUGACAUCAUUGCAGGUCUGGUAUUGCUGCGACAACAACAGAGAUCCAAGCGCAAUGCUGUGCUCGAUGAGGCAAACAAUGACAUCCUAGCUUUUUUGUCUGGAAUGCCAGUGACCCGAAACACAAGAUAUCUUGACUUGAAGAACUCUCAUGAGAUGGGUAUGUACAAAGAAGUCUGCUAUUAUAUGCUUUUUGCUCUGGCAGCCUAUGGAUGGCCCAUGUACCUGAUGAGAAAGCCAGCAUGUGGAUUAUGCAGACUGGCUAGUUCCUGUUCGUGCCUCUCUCUAUCCCGGCCACGGUUCACCCCAGGAGUGACAGUUGAAGAAGAUAACUGCUGUGGUUGCAAUGUUAUUGCUAUCAAGCGUUACUUUCUGGAUGAAAAUCUUCCGGGAGUUGACAUUGUUUACACAUCCUGUCAUGAUGCGGUUUAUGAAACUCCAUUUUUUGUCGCAGUGGAUCAUGGGAAGAAAAAGGUAGUCAUUAGCAUUCGAGGGACUUUGUCCCCCAAGGAUGCUUUGACAGAUUUGACUGGUGAUGCUGAGAGGCUACCUGUCGAAGGACAUCAUGGCACCUGGCUUGGACACAAGGGUAUGGUGCUGUCUGCAGAGUACAUUAAGAAGAAACUUGACCAGGAGAUGAUCCUCUCACAAGCCUUUGGCAGAGACCUGGUUCGGGGUACAAAGCAUUAUGGACUGAUUGUAGUGGGGCAUUCGCUGGGAGCUGGGACUGCUGCCAUCUUGUCUUUUCUUCUCCGGCCCUUCUAUCCAUCCCUCCAUUGUUAUGCUUAUUCACCACCAGGUGGCCUGCUCAGUGAGGAUGCCAUGGAAUAUUCCAAAGAGUUUGUCACUUCGGUUGUUCUGGGAAAGGACCUAGUGCCUAGGAUUGGUCUGUCACAGUUGGAAGGGUUCCGACGUCAUCUACUUGAGGUUUUACAAAAAAGCAACAAGCCAAAGUGGCGGAUUAUUAUUGGUGGAACCAAAUGCAUUCCAAAAUCAGAAUUGCCUGAUGAUGACCUUCCAGUUGCUGCUUUCCCAAGCUGCAGACUGUGGACACAUCCGAGUGACUUGACCAUUGCACUGUCGGCCAGCACACCCCUGUACCUGCCAGGCAGGAUUAUCCAUGUUGUUCACAAUCAUCCACCUGAACGCUCAUGCUGUGGUCAGGAAGAUCCCACCUACUCUGCUAUCUGGGGUGACAACAAGACCUUUGAUGAAGUCAUUAUUUCUCCUGCCAUGCUUCAUGAGCAUAUGCCCCAUAUUGUCAUGGAAGGCUUGAACAAGGUUUUGGAGAAUUAUAAUAAAGGAAAGACGGCCCUUCUAUCAGCAGCGAAGAUUAUGGUGAGUCCCACUGAAGUGGACCUGAAUCCUGAGACUGUCUUCCAAGAAUACCUCACUGUCCCGCAACCACAGCACCAUCGCAGGAACAGCAGCGUCAAGAGCUGUGCCCGGUCAGAAAUCAGCCUGGAUGGCUACUGUGAGGUUCCAUCAUCAUGUAUCCCCUCACCUUGCCCACGGGAUCCUGUAUCAGUGCUGCUGCGUGGAGCCAGAGAACGGCUUGCAGGGGAGCUCAGAGAGAGACGAGCACCUCUGGCGGUAAUGGAAAGUUUGUCAGACAAUGAGUCCAUAUAUAGCCUAGACUCACGGCGAUCCUCAGCUGCCUUCAGAGGUUCCCCUUGUCUGGGGCCACUGCCUGAACACAAUGAAGCACCCUGCUUUUACAUUGACCCCACCAUUCCAGAAGAGAAUCCUUCCCUUAGCUCAAGGACUGAGUUGCUUGCAGCAGACAGCCUGUCCAAGCACUCUGCAGACACCCCAAUAGCUGGGCCAGACCAGCAGGGAGUACUGAGUGCCUGUUAUUCUUUCACUGGCAAUGAAUUUGACUUACAUCAGCAACAGGCCACUUCAUUGUCAGUUCAACAUGCUGAUGUCGAUGCUGGCAUCGUGCACACACAACGCUUCUACUCCACACCUGACAGCCAUGAUCACCGUGAGGAGGGCUAUAGUCGUUCUCCUGUCUGCCACCAGAGAGCCCACUCAGAAGGAAGCAGCAGCAUUUUGGAAGCCAUAACAGGCCAUCUGCAAGAAUCUGGCCACUUUAGUCAGUCCAAUUCUUCCAUUAGAUCCUCCAUCCCCUCUUUGGUAGCAGCAUCAACCAUUCCUUUAGAUCAGCCCAGUGACGGUAAGCUGCCUAAUGGCCGACUCUCUUCAGAUGGCCCCAAUCCAGCUGUGUUGGAGUUUGCAGAGUUCAUUGACUCUCUUUUCAACUUAGACUCAAAAAGUGGGUCACUUGGAGAUGUGUUUGAUCUCUCUGACAGUGCUGAAGAACUGCCUGAGUCAGGGCGAGGGUCUGAUGGAGGAAGUCGGAAGAAGUACAAGCAGGAGUCUCAGGGGACACAUAGCAGACAGGCUUCACAGUCUUACAGCACACACAGCCAGGAAGAACUUGAUCGACUAAAGGAGAAGGAGAGGCGGUUUUUGGCACGUGCUCAGUUUGAGCCAAAUUUGGUUCCAAAGCCACCACGCACUUUCGCUGGCUCAACAGACCCCUCUUCUGGCAUCUCUCUGUCCCCCUCUCUCCCACUCAGUUCCUCUGGCGAGCUCAUGGACCUGUCUCCCGGAGAGAUGCCUUCAGAGCCUUUGCGGACUUCCACACCACACUCCCCUCCUGGUUCAGCCUGUCCAAGUCAACAACAUGCCAGUCAGGAAGAGCUCAUAAUCUCAGCUCUCUAGCAGCAUGCCAACAUAGACAAUGUAGCUGAGGGGCAGUGAACCAACAUAAUUACAGAAUCAGAGGUUAAUGAGGCCAUCUGUCCUGAUAUGGUGCAAAAUUAUUUGUACCAGAACAGUAAAAUCUAAAUUAAGUACUCAAUGAGAAAAGAUUCCCUUUAAUACACAAUCAGCCACUGAUGUUACCCUGUUUACUUCAUCAACAACAAAUAUGGCGAUGAAAUAAAAUAGAAAACAGAUGGCCUUAUGUGGUCUGUAAUAUUAUAUAACCCUGUUUCUCUAUUACCUCUACUUUGUGAGGGAAAGAGUCUCAGUCAUUGAUGCAAAUGGCUAAAUUAACACCCCAUAAUGUUUUGCUGUAAGUCCGCUUAUUUCUUUAUUGUCAUUGGGUGCUGGUGAAGCACCGUUUUUAGAUCUUGAUUGACAAAGUUGUUAUUUUUAUAAUGGGAAUCUCUUUUCAUUUUUAGCAGAGGGUUGCAUAGAGUGUAGCCUUGUCUAAUCAAAAAUGAUUUAAACUACACCCUUUGCUGCACCAUUACCUGAAAUACUUGAUCUUAGCUGUUACAGAGUGAGAAAGAGUUCUAGAAAAAGAUGCAAAUUCUGCCAUUUUCUCUUAUAACUUAAUGUGUGCUUUGGCACAUACGACUCUCCAGCACAAGUUGGCAUUAACCCACUGAGCAGUAUGUUUGUAUGUGUUAGUAUACCAGAGAGGUAGCUUUGCAGCCACCAACUAUCUAAGCUGCUGAUGUUUAUUGUUCUUGCAGGAACAACCAUCAAUCAGUGCUCCCAGGUAUUUCCAGGAAUGACUUUCCAAUCCAAAGUUCAUUAUCAUCUUCGAUACAAUUGAGCAAGUCUGUGUAAGAGCUACUGUAAAUGCAUGAAUGGAAUAGUAAUGAGUGACUGAAUAUGCACAUUUGAGGGAAUAUCACAAGGACCAAGUGGCACUAAACAAUAGUAGUAUACAGUGUAGCACCAGACACCGGAUAUGGUGAGGGAUGCUAUGUGACAAAUGUGGAACUAAUUGAAGAAAAUGAUGCUGCACAAAGAAUGCUGUGCUUUAUGAGAAGAGUGCUCUUUGUUGCAGGAGAGAACUCCUGCAUCAGUGUACUCAAAGCUACAAAAAUGGACUGGCAUGUGCAAAAUCCAGUUUGGGUGAACAUUCUUGUGUUAGUGGAAUGGUACAACUGCUGCUUGACUGGACAAAACCAAGCUUUUAUAAGGCACAUCCGGGGACUAAGUCUGUGUUCAGACUGUGGUACAGUACAUAUCGGGUGCACGUUGUUCUUUUUAUUUAUUAUUAUGUUUUAAGGUGUUUCUUUUCGAUUAUUACUGAAGGGAUUUUCUAUGACAUUUUAAAAGGAAAAACUAUUCCAGAUUUUAAAGUUGAUCAGUGCACUCAUAAUAUUCCUAAAACCCCUCCUCUAUCCCCCAGAUAUAUUUGUCUCAUCCAGUGUGAUAUCAUGAAGAAGUAUUGUACAAAGUCCUAAUGACCCAUGGAACCAAUAAGGGUUUCUGCUUCACACUUUUUAAAGGCAACACAACUUUCCCAAAUAUACAAGGUGACGUUAUUGCAUGCAGAUUAAAAACAUAUGCACUUUGCACGUCCAGACAUUAUGCACAACAAUGCAAACAUUCGCAAAAAAAAAGAAAAAUGCUUGCAUUUUAUUAGUGUGUGACUUGCAAAAAGCACACAUCAAAAUCACAGCACAUGUAAAAUGUGUGCUUAUACAGCAAGGAGAUUGAUAGAAUGAUGGUAAUGAAGGGCCAUGAGUUAAGCAAGCAAAUCACAAAAAGACUUUCAGGAGUAAAGGUUCUAUGUAGCUAGAGACACCUUUUGAACACUCUAAAGUUUGGGACCGAGUUUUAGUUAGCAUUUUCUCCUUAUUUUUGCAAAUCCAGGUUUAAUAGAGAAACGCUUUUGAGUGCCAGUCCUCUCUGUCCUCAAAAUUUCACAUACAAAAAUUAAGGAAGAAAGCAUCUCUUAACAAUCUUCACUCUAUUUGUCUCGCUUAGCCAAGUACCUAGGCCAGUUCUUUAGAGAAGACCUUGUGGCCCAGCUUACAAGUUGUUUAGGAUGAGGCGACUCCCAUUUUAGCCGACAAUUUUCCUUGUGUCUCUGUACAAAUGAAGUUUAUUGCUUUGUUCUUUUUAGCACAUCAUCCCCAUAGGCAGAACAGGAACAUUAUGGACAUAAUAAUAUUUUUUAUUAGCCUUGUUUGCUUUUUCGCAAUAUUUGAUCCAGAGAUGAGACCUUUCAAAAAUAUUUCAUGGUUUCCAUUGAAUCUAUACAAAUAAAUAAUUUCCACAACCCAUUACUUGAAAAAGCUCUUCAUUGGUUUCAUGUGGAAAGUAUUUUCCUUAUUUACCACUGGUGUUAUUGAGUAUGAGAUUUAUUAUUUAACUGAACAAAAAUUGCUAGAUCAACUUUAUGGAUGCCACUGAUUUUCUGAAUAUUUGAUUCAAGACUAAAGAGUAAUUCACUUACUUCGGAGGAGAACAUGCCCUUUUGUCCAAGAAUACACUUGACUGUAAAUGUCUGUGUACUUUUGCAUGCUCUAAUCCUUCUAUUGAAUUGUUUUCUGUUGAUAUAGUUGUUGCAGUCUUAUUUAAAUUUGUUUUAAGUUACAUUUGAUAUACUAAGAUAAGGAAAUUAUACUUCUUAAUAAGAACUCCCUUUCAAAGGUUGCUAAGUGGCAGAUAUCAAACUUGUUCAAAUAAACCUAUAAAAAAGUUAAAUCCAGGACAAGACAAAAUCUUAUUCAAUAAACACUCUAUUCCCAUCAUAGCCCAGUCAGUUUCUUUUCUACCUUUUUUCCAGCAAACCCAUAGCAAAAUAGUUACAUAGUAAUGCAAGGCUAUAGGUAUAGUGCAGCCAGAUGUAAGUCCACACAACAUAUCCCAGCCUGCAAGUGAUUAUCAGGGGUAUAUAAUUGGUACCAUAAAGGGGGAUACGUCUGCACAGUAUUGGUCAGUCAGAAUUUUUUAACCCCUUGCCAACUUAGAAAUCAAAAAAACCUACUCUUCCACAUAGAGAAUACAAUGUAAUUUUGUUCAAUAAUUGAUUACUGCUGAUUAGAGGCUGACUGACUUGUUGGCCUGCCCUCCUCUUCUUUUUAUUUUAAUUAAUUGCUUGCUUCUGGUUGGAUACCAUGAAGGAACUACUGCACUAUCUGUAAUUGUGUGUUUAAGGUGGUACCACCUCAAUGUAUCUAUGUACGUAUGUAAGAAAUGGUACUGUAUCAAUAUUGUUGUACAAAAAAGAAAAGAUAUAGCAUUAUAUAAAUAUCUAUAAAUAUAUAUAUAUAUAUAAAUAUAUAUAUAGACUUAAUUUUAAUGCCUCUUUAAAAGCAAAUUUUACUGAACUAAUAUUUUGUGUUUUGUUUCCACCCUCCAGCAAAACCUUCCCUUUGCCUUCCCAGUGAAAUAAGAGAAUGUAGUGAAGGUCCCACUUGCCUGAUCUGUGAUAGAAUAAAGAUCCUUCAGAAGC